AUGGAUUUAAAUAUUUUAUACCAGACUAGUGACUCGUUACCAAUAGUACAAAUAAAACAAAAGACCUGGCUUCAAAAACUUCAUUUUAAACGUCGAAAAGCAGAUACCGCUGAAGAAAUCGCUGAAAUAUAUGAAUUAAUUGAAAAUGUUUACGAAGCGAUGGAUGAUCAAGCUAGAGCCAUACUUCUUUCCCUUAGCAAAGUUGUUCAAGAUGAAGAAGAAUCGGUAACUACUGAACAAAAAUUGAAAGCAAUUAUUAGCAUCGGACAUUCAUUGUGUUUAGCUCACUUACAAGUGAAAAAAUCGACGCAACUAUAUGCAAAAUUACUGUUUGGACUGCUAUCAAAUCAAAGUUUAAUAAUGAGAUUAGCAGCGAUUAUUGCUAUUGGCGAAAUAGCAAUCGAUAAUUUAGCGUUUCAAAUGAAACUAAAUGAAAUGAAUACUAUACAUAAACUAUUUGAAUUAAUGAAAGAAUCGUUACAGUACGCCGGAAGAACGGUGGACGAUAUUAACGAACAUUCGAAAGUAGUAGCAUGGACAUGUUGGACAAUUGUUAAUAUUUGUACAAACUGUGUACCAAACAUCCUACUUCUAAGAGAAAUUGUACCAUCUGAAUAUGAAACAAUCUGCGAAGCAGCCAAAAUGGAAAUAUGGAGAUGUAUAUGGCGUGAAAAUUAUGCGACAACAAUCGCACGGUUUGGAGGAAAAAUCCUUCAUUCAACUGAGUGUGCUGCUCCACAACCAUAUAAAUUUGACGGUGCUUUUGAAAAACCGACUGAUAGACAACACAUUCGAAGAUUAUCGUUUUCACUGGAAUAUCGAGGAUGUAUUCUUUUGUAA